AUGUUAAAUUCUCUAUGUGAGGGCAUUGGUACUGUUAAGAGUGAGAACUCUCCAUGUCCAACUAACCAACAACCAACUUCUUCAACUGCUUCCAUUCAGGAACCCGAUCAAGUCCCGGGGGGAGUCUCGAAACUGGAGAAAAACAGUACAGCUAGCCUUUCAAGCUUGGAUUUCCAAGCACUAAAGUUCGAGGACGACGGCGAUGUCGUGGGAGAAGACGUGCACCCGUCGGAGGAAAAUAACAUAUGGGAAAGUUUGUUUAAUAGUUUUGAGCAAAUAGAUUCUAUUUCUGAUUUCAUGAUGUGUUCACCUUUAAGAACACCAGAUUACAUAAUUUCUUCACCAAGGAGAAUCAUCAUACCGCCACAGAGUUGUGGUUCUAACAAUGAAAUCAAUUAUGAUUAUUUACAAAGACUCGAAAUGCAAUAUAUACUUUCUGAUGGAUGCAGUAGCUCUCCUCCUUACACAACAGCCAUACAACAGAAGGGAAAAUCCUCCAUGAGCCCACUUCAAAGGGUUUACAACAACAAUACACAUACAAAGAGUUAUAACAAUAAUCACAAUAAUAGUAGUAGUAGCAAUAAUAAUCACUAUCUGCUUCCAGAGAGUUUAGAACUUCCAGCAAUGGAAGGGUUAGAAGAGCUUAUUGACCAAGUUCAUCGCCACAAUCAACAGUAUUUAUCUGCAGGAGAGACUUUCGAUCAUCAUUCUCAACAUCAUCAGAUGCCAACAACACUUGGAACAAUACUAGAAAGCUUGCCUGUGCAGACUGAUGAUCAAAAUUCUAGGUUUCUCGGUGGGUCAUUGAAUGAUCAUGAGCAAGUUGGUAACUUGCAAAUGAAUAACCAGCAGGAAGUGAAUCUGUAUGAUCAGUUUAGUUCUUUCGAAAGGCAGCAACACCAACUCCAGCAAAUGCAACUGCAACAGCAACUACUGCAAAACCCUCAACAACAACAACAACAUAACAAUGUUGAGCAUGGUUUAAUGGCGCCAGUGCCAGGGUCUCUUUCAUCUGGGUCUUUCAAGGUAAAACUCUUUAUCUAUAUCUAA